UUUGGCGUAGAUCCCCCUGUGAUCGCGAAUUUUUUUCGGCUGUUGUCUUUAGGAUUCGGUAGAAUCUUUACAAUUAAUCGUUGUAUUUGCCCUAUCCUUGGAAGACAAACCGAUUGCUGGAACCUGUUUGUCAACAACCCAGCAUCAUAGAACCCUAACGACGUGAGCAGGUCUACUGAUCUGUGAUGAAGUCUCAUGAAGUCCUCCACAGAAGCUGACGUUAACAGUCAGCAGGAACGGCCAGUGAAGAUUCUCCAGCAGACAGAAUCUCACUACAUACCCACAGUUUCUCUCCGCGGCCAUUCUACAGCCUUCUUCAACAAUGGCCAGCCGAAGAAAGUCUUCGACUCCCUGCAUGAUCCGGCCUAGCGACAUGAUGGAGCAGGACGUCUCCGAUGACAUGGACACCCCGGUCAGCAGUGCUGUGGAAAACGGAUCUAAUUCAUUGCUCUCCGGCGAGGACUGGACGUCAGCGAAGAGUCCCGUAAGCUCGGCGCGUGAGGCGACUGAGCCAGAGAGAACGGAGGCGGAGCCUAGGCCACAGCGAAAGCUGCAGGGAGGCUAUGAAUGUAAAUACUGCACGUUCUCUACCCAGAACCUGAACGAGUUCAAAGAACAUGUGGACUCGAACCACCCUAAUGUCAUUUUGAAUCCUUUGUACCUGUGCGCUGUCUGCAACUUCAACACGAAAAAGUUUGACACUUUGACCGAGCACAAUGAGAAGUGUCACCCCGGAGAAAGCAAUUUCAAGUUCAGGAGAAUCAAACUGAACAGCCAGACCAUUCUAGAGCAAACCAUUGAAGGUUCAAAUUGUGCAGUCAUCUAUGAUGCAACCAGUGCCCAAGGUGGAGAGGACUUUGCCACAUUUCCCCUAAGUAAGUCCACCACAGUGAAGAUUGGUAAGCCAAAAAUAGACAUCAAGCGUCCAUCGGAUGGUCAGAUGGAGCUCAACCCAGACCUUCCUAAAAAGCAGAUCACUGCAGUGAAUGUGAACGGAACUGUGAUAAUUCCAGAUGCAUCGCUGAAAGACGGACUCUCUCACAUAAUGCCCUCCCUACAGCGUCCACCGAACUUCAACCUUGUCCCAAAAAUUGCUGUACCGUUGAACACUUCUAAGUACAACCCCUCUCUGGACGGCAAUUUGACACUUAUUUCUUCUUUCAAUAAAUUCCCCUACCCGACCCAGGCUGAGCUGUCUUGGCUGACCGCUGCAUCCAAACACCCAGAGGAACAGAUCAAGGUGUGGUUCACGACUCAGAGACUGAAACAGGGCAUAAGCUGGUCACCCGAGGAGGUGGAGGAGGCUCGCAAGAAAAUGUUCAAUGGCACCAUCCAGACAGUUCCACAGGCAUUCACAGUUUUACCUGCUCAGCUGACCCAGUCGAGCAAAUCUUCACAGUCCCUUAUCCAGACCCUCCCUUGCCAAUUGCUUGGGCAGUCUAGCCUAGUGCUGACAACAGUCACCAAUGGGUCGACUGUGACAUGUGCACCAAUUGCGCUGACUGUAGCGACCCACGUGGCUCAAGCAGUCAAGAGGCCCCUCACAGCACCUAUUGUUGCCCCAGAGGUGAAAAGGCCCUCCAUCAUCAAGUCCCUUCAGACUGUGCCCAAAUCGGCCUCCCCUACCCCCAGCUUAUCAGACUGCAACAAAACCCCUGAUCAGAUACGAGAACUUAAGGCUAGUUAUAGCCUUUGUCAGUUCCCAGAUGAUGAGGAGGUGUAUCGCCUUAUAGAGGUCACUGGUCUCUCCUGGGGUGAGAUCAAGAAAUGGUUCAGUGAUCAGCGUCAUAACAGCCAUAAGAGCGUACAGCAGAUCAAGUCUGAGGUCCUGCUGAAAGACGGCCAACCCCAAAAGUCCGUUCCCACGCAGUUCCCUCUCCUGGAGAGAGUGAAGGGCAAGUCUUCAGAGCAACUGCAAAUGUUGGAGGAGAGUUUUCAGCGGGCCAGCUUUCCGACGCAGGCUGAAGUUGACCACCUUGUGGUGGACACCAAGCUUUCCAAGAACGAAAUUGACUGCUGGUUUACAGAGCGCCGGGCUCUGCGGGAUAAUCUGGAGCAGGCCCUGCUGAACUCCAUGGGCCCCAAGCGACUCGAGCAGCGGGGCUCACAAAAUGGAGUCCACGAUCAGGAGAACCGAGCCAGGUCCUCGCCUCUUCCAAUUCUCACAACCUCCAUGUGCGCUGAGCCCAUCGACACCAAGUCUCUUGGCCUCCUCAAGGACGUUUUCACCCAGACACAGUGGCCGUCACCAGAAGAGUACAGCCACCUAGAAAUCCAGACGGGCCUUGUGCGCACAGACAUUGUGCGCUGGUUCAAGGACAGCCGUCUGGCUCUGAAGAAUGGAACUCUGGAGUGGAUGGAACAGUUCCAGAACUUAAGCAUCAAGAAGCAGAAUGGGCAGAGCUCCGCUAUGCUCACGGAACAAGCGCAGAGUGUCCUUCAGAGGCACUUCCAAGACACAAAGACACUAAAAGGAGACGACCCGGAGAGACCACCGGAACGGUCAAAAAUAAUCAAUCAAGAAAUUGUCGACUGGUUCACUUCCAAGCUGGGACACACAAUGUCGGACAUCAGCAAGGGCAGGGACCAACAUGGACAGACGAGUGUGGAUCAUGGAAGAUGGGUCAAGGUUACAAUGGCAGCUGAUAAUGAGAGGACCUGUUUGGAGACACAGAAGGUGACCCCAGAUCUUGAAGUACUUACCGCAGAGCAUCCUGGCAGAGUAACUGGGUGAAAUAAUUAUGUUUUUGCAGGACAGAGAGAAGAUGUCACAUACACUUGCCUGAGCCAUGGAAAAGGCCGUUGCAUUCUAAAUACUCGGAGCCAAUGAUUUCGCACCUGGAUUGUGACAUCACAGGCUCCAUUAACAAGAGUUUGUGUGAAGCACUGAUCUGGAGGGCUGAACCAUGGAGUGCCAAAGCUGGACUGCUACAUUAUCACACUCUUUAGAGAGAAAAAAAGGGCCCUUGUAAAUAUUUUUUUCUAUAUGGCACCAGAUUUGUACAAUUUUGUUUCGAAAAGGGGAAGAGUUUUGUUACAUUUAUAAUAGGAGUUCCUCGACCAUUUCGCUUAACCUUUGCAAAGGAAUGUUAAAACACUUUUGUGAGAGGACCGCUAACCAGCCUGACUGCCUGGUUAUUUGUCAUACUUUAUAUUCAAGAGACUAGUGUGGUCCUCGGUGGCACUUAUUACAUUAGAAAGGACAAGCAGCAUCAGCAUAACAAAACACUUCUUGGAAUUCUGGACUUCUCUUCAUUGGACCACAGAAACACUGCCUGCAAUCUCAUUAAGGAACUGUUUACCAUUGAGUCGCAGGGUGAACAUAAUCAAAUUGAAUCAAUAGUUAUGCACAGUACUUGUUUUUUGUAUUAGUCAUUUCAUUGUUUGCAAUAUUUCUGCCGGUUGUCUUUUAAUCAUGUUGCUAUCCAAGGUAGUUCCAUUUCAACUGCAAAGACAAGACUUGCUUUCCAAUAGCUCGAUGAACUCGUUUUUUUUUUUUUUUCCUCGGCUGCUGCUAUGGUGUCAUGUUCAGACAUGUAUCAGGAAUACUGUACUGCUACCGAGAAUUCUGCUUGCUCUUUUUUAAAACAGUCUGCUGUAACUCAAUAAACCACAACCAAGUGAUCA